GAAGAUCCCAAGAAAGGGAAGAACAGAGGCACGGACAAAGCGGUGUGUGGUUACCCGAUCAGCAUUUUUUUUAUUGUGGUGAAUGAGUUCUGCGAAAGGUUCUCCUACUAUGGCAUGCGCGCUGUCCUGGUACUGUACUUCAAGUACUUCUUGCGCUGGGAUGAUGAUAUGGCCACUUCCAUCUAUCACGUCUUUGUGGCUCUGUGCUACCUAACCCCUAUUCUCGGGGCCAUUGUGGCUGACUCCUGGCUGGGAAAGUUCAAGACUAUCAUCUACUUGUCCAUUGUCUAUGCACUUGGCCAGGUUGCGAUGGCUGUCAGUGCAAUCCAUGACAUCACUGACACAAACAGAGAUGGGUCACCAGACAACAUGACCUUUCAUGUUGUGUUGUCCAUGGUGGGACUCUUCCUCAUUGCUCUGGGCACUGGUGGUAUCAAACCUUGUGUGGCUGCCUUUGGUGGAGACCAAUUUAGUGAGCACCAGGACAAGCAGAGGAGAACUUUCUUCUCUGUAUUCUACCUGUGCAUCAAUGGCGGCAGUCUCCUGUCAACUAUUAUCACUCCAAUCCUCAGAGCUCAGGAGUGUGGCAUCCAGACUAAGCAGAGCUGUUAUCCUCUGGCCUUCGGUGUCCCUGCAGCACUAAUGGUGGUUGCACUCGUGGUGUUCAUCGUUGGGAGUGGUAUGUACUAUAAAGCUGAGCCACAAGGGAAUAUCAUGCUGGAUGUGUGUAAAUGUAUCGGGUUUGCAAUCAAAAACCGCUACAGGCACAGAAGCAGUGAGCAUCCAAAAAGGGAGCACUGGAUGGACUGGGCAGAAGAAAAAUAUGAAAAACUCCUCAUUGCUCAAAUCAAGAUGGUGCUGAGGGUCCUCUUUUUAUACAUCCCACUUCCAAUGUUCUGGACCCUAUUUGACCAAAAGGGUUCUCGAUGGACUCUGCAGGCCACCAACUUGGAUGGGAACUUUGGGCUACUUGUUAUCCAGCCUGAUCAGAUGCAGACUGUCAACCCCAUCCUGAUCCUGACUCUGGUGCCUAUCAUGGACAGCGUUAUCUACCCUCUAAUCCAAAAGUGUGGCCUGAACUUUACACCUCUGAAAAGAAUGACAGUGGGGAUGCUUCUGGCAGCUAUAGCUUUUGUCUGUGCUGCACUGGUUCAGAUUCAAGUUGAUACUACACUGCCCACCUUCCCAUCAGCCUCCCAGAGUCAGCUGAAAUUACUCAACAUGGGUAGUACACCAGUGACAGUUAACAUGCCUGACAAUGAGCCACUGGAACUUUCUGCAGCUCUGGCCAGUGAUGAAUUCUUCACAUUCAAAGCAGGAAAUAUCAGCAUUUCACUCACUAAGUCAGGCAGUCCUGCACAGGCUAAACUCAUUCCCUUGGUCAGUGGAAAGCGACAAACACUUCUCAUUCCCUCAAACAUCAGUGAGGAAUGGGUGUUGACUCAAGAUUUGAUUAAAAAGCCAGAGGAAGGCAACAAUGCAAUCCGGUUUGUAAAUGGUAUGGAUACAGAUGUGGACGUAUCCAUUGCUGGAACAGAUGUAGGAUUAAUUGGGCCAUCUUAUUAUUCCAACUACACCCAGAUAACAUAUGGAAAGACCACCUUCACCAUAAGUAGUGGUUCACAGUCUUGUGAGUACACCAAGGACUUUGGAUUUGGAAGUUCAUACACUUUCUUUAUCCCUGCCAUUACCAAUUGUCAGGAAGGUAUUACUAUGGCAGAAGACAUCAAGCCCAACUCGGUUCACAUGGCCCUCCAGAUCCCACAGUACUUCUUUAUAACUGCUGGUGAAGUGAUGUUUUCUGUUACUGGUCUGGAGUUUUCUUAUUCACAGGCACCUAGUAACAUGAAAGCAGUACUGCAAGCAGGCUGGCUGCUCACCGUUGCAGUUGGAAACUUCAUCGUUCUGAUUGUGGCUGAGCUCGCAAAGCUUCCCAAACAGUGGGCAGAGUAUGUUCUCUUUGCCUCCCUCUUGGUGGCUGUAUGUAUCAUCUUCUCCUUUAUGGCAUACACCUACACCUACAUGGACCCUGCUGAAAUUGAAGCCCAGUUCACGAAGAAGGUUCAUGAUGAUGAUGAUGAUGAUGAGGAUGAUAAAAGCAAGUUAAAGAAGACAGAGAUUGAAAUGGUCAAGAAAGACUCGAUUAAAUCUCAUGAUGAAGAUGAUCCAGACAAACAAACUAAAAUGUGA